GUGCGGAUCUGCAGGUUUGCCAAACCAAAGGCCCGACCUGCUGUUCCAAGAAAAUGGAGGAGCGGUAUCAGGUAGCUGCGCGCAGCAACAUGGAGUCUGAGCUGCAGGUCGUCAGCGUGCAACUCAAACGCCUCAUCAUCCAGAACGCUGCCAUAUUCCAAGAGGCCUUCGAUCUGGUCUUGCGUCAUGGCCGUAACUCCACCCUUGCCGUUCUGAAACUGGAGUUCCCGGGUCUCCUAGCUGGGGCUCAGAGUUCUGUGGGGCAGCUCUUUCUGGACAUAUCGCUCUACAUCCUGGGCUCAGACUCCUCAGUGGACCACAUGGUUGAGGCUUUCUUUGGGAAGCUCUUCCCCCUCACAUACCGUCGCCUGCUGGGGGGCGGGGGAUCCCCCGUGUCCGAGGAGUGUGUGCGAGGAGCCUGGAAGGACUCGGGAGCCUUUGGCCCCUACCCUAAACUCAUCAUGACUCGUCUGUCUCGCUCACUCCUGGCAACGCGGGUCUUCCUCCAGGCGCUGAACCUGGGCAUAGAGGUGGUCAACACCACGAACCACCUGCGGCCGAGCAGGGACUGCGGCCGGGCCCUGCUGAGGCUUUGGUACUGCCCACACUGCCAGGGCCUGCUGAGCCCACCAGCCUGCAGAGGCUUCUGUCAGGCAGUGAUGCAGAGCUGCCUGGGGGGAGCGGCGGAGGUUCAGCCUCACUGGAGGAGCUACAUCGACGGACUGGGGAAACUGGCAGGAGGCAUGAGGGGGGAGCAGGACAUGGAGGCUGUUGUUCUUAGACUGCCUUCUAUGAUUAAACUGGCUCUAAAGCACGCUGCGAACGCCCGCAGUCGCCUCAGCACCCUGGUGGGCGGCAUGUGUGGACACGCUCCACAGCGGGCCUCUCGCUCCGUGGAGCCCCCUCCUCUUCAGCCCCCUGCUGCCCCUGUGGCUCGUGAUGCUCCACCGUCGGACUCUGAUGAGACUCUGGCGGGUCUCCGCAGGGACUUUAUAACCAACCUGAGGGGCUUCAACUCCUUCUACAGUGGGCUCGGGGAGGCUUUGUGCAGUCGUGAACCAGCACCAGUGAACCACUCCCUCUGCUGGAACGGGCAGGAGAUGACAGACAAGUUUUCUGGUCCUGGCCUAAAACGGGUUCUUCCUGCCUCAGAAACUAAGAACAACAAACCCCUGGAGCCAGUCAUCAGCCAGAUCAUCGAUAAACUCAAACACAUCAACCAGCUGCUGAACACAGUGACAGUAUCAGAGAAGCGUUGGCGAGCCCGAUCGCGAGCAGGUGGAGCGAACGAGUGGAAUGAUGAGGCUGAGGAGGGAUUCACGAGCGGCGACUGUGAUGAUGAAGACGAGUGUGCCGGGGUGUCAGGGCUGGGGCCGCCACCGAGACGCAAACGUUUGCGCAUCUUUGCAGACCUUUCUGAUAACCUGGCGAUGGAGGACUUCACCUUCCAGGAGCAGCUGUUGACCCCUCGGCUGGCCACAGCCGGAGCAGGAGGUGUUCCUUCGCCUGCAGCUCCACAGUGGAGGAGCUUCCUGGUUCCGGUCCUGCCUGCGACACUCGUUCUGCUUCAGUUUUGGCGUCACUGACCCGUGAACUUCCACUACCUAUAAAAUUCCAUGUGCGCCGUGUGGAAGGUGACAAACAUUUUUGGCUUUUUGAUGCUGAUAUAAAGUUCAGUGGCCCCAUCAGAGGAAGCCUACAUAUAUCUGUUUCUGGCUCUAGUAAAACCUGUUUCAAUUCAAUCAAAACCAGUGGAGGUUUGUACCAAACCUAUAAAAGCACAGACCAACUUCCACCAUGUUUAUUCUGACUUUUGUAACCUUUGGCUCUACAUCUUCUUUUACUGACUUUAUCUGUAAAAUAAGAAACCUGUAGAGACUUAUGAACAUGUAAAUAAAGUGAACCAAACCCUUUUAAA